GUCACUUCCCCCUAUCACUCCUCCCUUUCCUUUGUCAAACUCCUCCUCUGUGCUGUGGGUCAUGGCUGCCCCGGUUUGCUGCCUGCGUACAGUUCUCAGCCAGUGUCAAAGACAUGCGUUAAGACGGACUGGGUAUGUUAACCCUUCAUUUACCUGUACAAACAGAACCUGGGCCGCAGCACGGUUCUAUGCUGCACCAGCAGCUGCAAGAAUGACAAAAAAAGUUAAAGAUGACCAGAAAGUCAAAGAAAAAGAAACCAAGGAAGAGAUUGAGCAGAAGAGGAAAGACACCACCCGGCCCAAGCCUUAUGGUCUAACUGCUUGGGAACCUGUAGACGAUGUGUAUAUAGCACGCUAUUAUCCCAAGCCAACGCUUGACAUUGAAACUGCCAUAGAAAUGUUGAAAACAUUUCAAACGCUGGACUUUACUUAUUUAAAGCAACCAGUCUACAUAGAGUUGAAGUUGGAUAUGAAACUAGAAAAGAAGAAAAAGGUGGAUCCGUUCGUUGGGCAUGUUCAUUAUCCAUAUCCUUUUGCCAGUGAAGUGAACAGGGUUUUGGUAUUCACAGAGAGUGCAGAGUUUGCUCAGAUUGCACAGGAUAAUGGAGCUGCAGUUGUUGGAGGAAGUGAACUUAUACAAAAGAUUCUGGAUGACGAGAUUGAAGUUGAUUUCUAUGUAGCUACUCCUGAAAUUCUGCCAAAGUUGAAUGUUCUAAAAAGCAAACUGAGGAAGAAAUUUCCAAAAAGCAAGAGAGGUUCAGUGGGUGUUGACAUUCCCAAGAUGCUUGAGCUGUUCAAAACGGGCACAGAGUAUCUAGUAGAAAAAGAAUGUCUUGUGCAGACCAAAAUAGCGACAUUGGAUAUGCCUAGUGAACACAUAAUUGCAAACCUGGAUUCUCUCAUAAAGAACGUCAGCACUUACAAGCCUUUGAGUUACGGACCUUUUGUGGAGCGAGUUAUCAUUUCCAGUGCCACAAGCGAAGCAUUGUUCAUCAAAUUCCAACAAUUCCUCCCAAAAGAAGAACCAGAAACUGCUAAAACAAACUGAAGCCAGAAUCCAUAUCAUAAGAUCAUUUAGCAUUUUCCAAGCUCGCUGUGGAUUUCAACCUUUUGAGAGCUGUAGAAUAUUUAAUAAACAUUCAAAAUAUUUUACAGUGUUGCUGUAAUUUUUCUUGUGCUGAGAAAACCCCAAGUCACUUAUCUUGUUAUUGAGAGAGAAGUAUGGACAAAAAAGGGCUCAUUUUUUGUAAUUAAACCAUUUCUUUAUAUCGAAA